AUGUCGGCUGAGAAUCAGUCACCCAUGUCUGAAUCUCAAAAGCCGAAAUCUGCAAAGAAAAGUGGUCCUGUCAAAGGCCAAAUGAGUCUACUGUCCUUUUUCGGCAAACCAGCAGCUUCGACAUCAUCACCAUCUCAACAGCCUCCUCCCAUCGCUGGAACUUUAUCUCAAGCUUCGCCAACAUCGAGUGCUGCACCAACCAAAUCAAAUAUCACCGAAACCCCUUCUGGAACGAAAAAGCAAAAUGCUCCCAAAAAACAGGUGGUGAUGAGUGAUGACUUGGAUAACAUGUUCGAUGAUCACGAAGAGACGUUGAAUGCCAUGGAAGUGGACGAGGCACAUGCCUCAAACGCCAUUGCUGACAUGGAAGUCGAUGUUCGAGAUGAUGAGCCUGGAAAAUUAUUUCGCAAGACUCCCGGUGGCAAACGAAAUCGAGCCCCUGAAGAUGACGAUGAUGACGACAAUGAUGAUGAUUCGCAAUCCAUGAAAACGCCAAAAAGCAAGAAGUCAAAGCGAAAACGAGUCAUCGAGGACGAUGACGAUGAUGACCAAGGAGCAUUUACACCUGGCGCAGAUGAUUCCAACGAAAUGAGUCUCGACGAAGAUGAUCAAGGUGAUGACGAUGAUGAACCGAAAUCGUCAAAGUCAUACAAGACACCAAAAGGAAGUUUGAAAACCUUUGCAUUCAAGAUUCCUGGAAGCUCAAAAUCUGUUGAUUCUUCACCUUCGGGCUUCAAGACCCCCAAAGGAAAGAUCUCUAGUAGUCGACCUGCAUCGUCAAGCAAAAAGUCGGUCAUGGAUGACGACGAAAAAAGAAAUGACCGUUUGCAAAAAUUCAACGUUAAGAACGAGAAACGUUAUGGAUUCUUAAAGGAUAUUCAGGAUGCAGAGCGCAGAGCACCUGACGAUCCAGAGUAUGAUCCUCGAACUAUAUACGUACCUCGCAGUGCCUUUGAAGCCUUUACAGACUUUGAGAAGCAGUAUUGGGAGGUCAAAAAGAACUAUUGGGACACUGUCGUAUUUUUCAAAAAAGGAAAAUUCUAUGAAUUGUAUGAAAAAGAUGCUGAUAUUGGCCAUCAACAAUUCGAUUUGAAGCUCACCGAUAGAACUGGUAUGAGAAUGGUUGGAGUGCCGGAGAACUCUUUUGAUACUUGGGCUGCCCAAUUUCUGGCCAAAGGUCAUAAAGUAGCUAGAGUAGAGCAAAUCGAAAAUUCAGUUGGAAAGACUCUUCGGGAACGUGAAUCUAGUGGUUCAAAGGCUGAGAAAGUCAUUCGACGAGAGCUCAAGUCUGUCUUGACUGUUGGUACUCUGGUCGAUUCUGGAUUGCUGACUGAUGAUAUGUCAACGUAUUGUCUAUCAUUGAAGGAGGAACUUGUCAGUGAAAACCGACCAAAGUUCGGAGUAUGCUUUGUCGAUACUGCAACUGCGGAGUUUCGAAUUUGCUCCUUUGAUGACGAUAUAGACCGGACAAGAUUGGAAACUCUCUUGCUUCAACUGAAGCCACGAGAGCUGGUCCUUGAGAAAUCCACAAUGUCAGCCAAGACUGCUCGGAUUAUAAAGAACAGUUGUGGUGGUGCUGUUCAAAUUAAUUACUUGAAACCAGAGAGUGAAUUCUGGGAUGCAGAUACAACAGCUGACGAAAUUUGCAGUGGUGCUUACUUUGCUAAAAACGGAAGUGAUGGCAAAUAUGAUUCUUGGCCUCGAGUCAUCCGAGCCACAACCAAGCAGAGUACGGCCAUGUCAGCAUUGGGUGGAUUAAUAUGGUAUUUACGAUCACUCAAAUUGGACAAGGAUCUCGUGUCUGCGGGUAACUUCCAUACGUAUGAUCCAGUUCAAGAAGCUGCAUCACUUGUAUUGGACGGCCAGACUCUCCUUAAUCUUGAAGUCUUUGAAAACUCGGUCGAUGGAUCUGACGUUGGAACUCUAUUUCGUCUCUUGAAUCGAUGUACCACACCAUCUGGAAAACGUUUAUUCAAACGAUGGGUCUGUCAUCCGUUGCGUUCGAUUCCAGCUUUGGAAGACCGUCUCGAUGCUACAGAUGACCUUCUGCAGACUGAAGGGUUGCUUGAAACUCUGACGUCUGCGUUCUCUCAGCUGCCAGAUCUGGAACGAAUUCUUUCUCGGAUUCAUACUGGUGGGUGCAAAGUGAAAGACUUUGUAGGGGCCCUGGAUUCCCUCGAAACCUUGCUUGAAGAGAUGCAGAAGCUCUCUGACACAGCACAGAGUUUCAAAUCUCGCAGAUUAGCUAGCUUGAUUCAAAGUGGCUUCCCAGCGACUCUCAAAGUACACAUCAAGUGGUUCAAAGAUGCCUUUGAUCAUGAACAAGCGUUGAAAGAGGACAAAAUCACUCCAUCCGAUGGCUAUGAUGCUGUAUACGAUGAUGCUGAAGCCAAUGUUGAACGUAUUGAUACCUUGUUUGAAGAACACAAGACUGAAGCAGAAUCGGAAAUCAUAGCCAAAGGGUUGAAAUACAAAGAUAUGGGCAAAGAGAUCUAUCAACUGGAAGUUCCUGCCAGAGUCAAGGUACCUAAGGAUUGGGUCGUAAUGUCGAAGACCAAAGACGUCAACCGGUACUACUCUCCUGAAAUCAAAAAGCUGGUGAAAGAAAUGACAGAAGCCAAAGAAACCCGAGAAGCUGCUAUACGAGAAGUCAAAUCACGUAUGUACUCUAAGUUUAAUGAAAAUUACGCUGACUGGAUGAAAGUCGUGAACAGUCUUGCAGAGAUCGACUGUCUCAUGUCACUAGCAAAUUGCCGAAGUGCACUGGGAGAGCCUUCUUGUCGACCUCAGUAUGUAGAGGAUGGUCCCAGUGUAUUCCGAGUUCACGAAUUGCGCCAUCCUUGUGUCGUUCCUGGGUUUGGUUCAGACUUCAUUCCCAAUGAUACGAAACUAGGUGGAGAUGAGCCAACUAUGAUCUUACUGACUGGUCCUAAUAUGGGUGGUAAAUCUACACUACUCAGACAGUCUUGUAUUGCUGCGAUAAUGUCCCAACUUGGUUGCUAUGUGCCUGCUCGCAGUUGUGUCCUGACUCCAUUUGACCGAAUAUUCACACGUAUUGGUGCCAACGACAACAUCUUGGCUGGUCAAUCCACCUUCAUGGUUGAGCUUGCUGAAACCUCUCGAAUCUUGCGAGAAGCUACACCUCGAUCGUUAGUUAUUCUCGAUGAAUUAGGUCGUGGUACAAGUACCUUCGAUGGAUAUGCUGUCGCUUUUGCAUGUCUACAUCAUUUGGCUAUUCGUGUACGCUGCCUUGGAUUAUUUUCAACUCACUAUGGAUCAUUGACUUCAGAAUUUGCUGACAAUGCAUUGGUUGGCAUGAGAUUCAUGUCCUUUGUUGCUGAUGAAGACAAGCGUGAAAUCACAUUCCUCUAUAAGCUUGAAGAAGGAGUCUGCCCCAAGAGCUUCGGCAUGAACGUCGCGCACAUGGCUGGUAUUCCAAACGGAAUUGUUGAUCGAGCAGAUGAAGUUGCAGCACAGUUUGAGAACUCUCAUCGCAUGCGUCAAGUCAAGGCUCUCGGCUCUGGGUCUCAAGUUUCUAUGGCUCGACUUGCAGACUUUGUUGAAUUGGUGAGAACUGGUGAGAUGAUGAGUGUCCAGUCGGCAGAUGAAGCUGCUCUGAAAAAGCAAUUGGCUGUUGCUCAAGCAGUGUGGACGUCAUUACAAAUACGUGCAGAGUGA